CGCUCGGUUGCUCAACGUUCACCUCUCUCCCGUUCAUACUCCCCUUCCGUGGUAUGAACAUGCCCACGGCAGCCACGACAUAAGGCGUCGUCGUGCCAUCGAGCGCAUGCCUCGAUCGAUCUCCUCUACCAUUAGCUGAACCCUAGACGAUAUUAGCAGGAAAUUAAGCCUGGUGCUUCCCGGAGGCCGCCAUGAUCGCGCCCGUUGCUGACCCGACGAUGAUGGACGGGGACGACGCGCGCGCGUCGCUGCUCCCGGAGACCGCCCCUCGGCGUGCUGCCCCCGGCGGCGGCGGCGGCUGGCAGAAGCGCCCGUCGUCGUCGACCGUCCUCCCCGCCGUCGUCUCCGCGGCGCUCCUGCUCGUCCUCGCCGCGGUCGCGAUCCUCGCGUCGCAGCACGCCGACGACGGGCAGGGGGGCGUCGCCGCCGCCGCCGCGGGGCGCGUCGUGGAGGUGGCCGCCUCCCGCGGCGCGGCGGAGGGCGUGUCGGAGAAGUCGACGGCCCCGCUCCUUGGCGCCGGCGGCGCGCUCCGGGACUACGCCUGGACCAACGCGAUGCUGGCGUGGCAGCGCACGGCGUUCCAUUUCCAGCCCCCCAAGAACUGGAUGAACGAUCCUAAUGGCCCGCUGUAUCACAAGGGCUGGUACCACCUCUUCUACCAAUGGAACCCGGACUCCGCGGUGUGGGGCAACAUCACCUGGGGCCACGCCGUGUCGCGCGACCUCGUCCACUGGCUGCACCUGCCGCUCGCCAUGGUGCCGGACCACUGGUACGACGCCAACGGCGUCUGGUCCGGGUCCGCGACCAAGCUCCCGGACGGCCGGAUCGUCAUGCUCUACACGGGCUCCACGACGGAGUCGGUGCAGGUGCAGAACCUCGCGGAGCCGGCCGACCCGUCGGACCCGCUGCUGCGCGAGUGGGUCAAGUCGGACUCCAACCCCAUCCUGGUGCCGCCGCCGGGCAUCGGGCUCAAGGACUUCCGCGACCCGACGACGGCGUGGCGUGUCCCCAACGACACGGCGUGGCGCGUCGCCAUCGGGUCCAAGGACCGGAGCCACGCCGGGCUGGCGCUGGUGUACCGGACGGAAGACUUCGUGCGGUACGACCCGGCGCCGGCGCUGAUGCGCGUCGUGCCGGGCACCGGCAUGUGGGAGUGCGUGGACUUCUACCCGGUGGCCGCCGCCGCUGGCGGCGAGGAGAACGGGCUGGAGACCUCCGUCCCGCCGGGGCCCGGGGUGAAGCACGUGGUGAAGGCCAGCCUCGACGACGACAAGCACGACUACUACGCCAUCGGCACCUACGACGCCGGCGCCGACGCCUGGACCCCCGACGACGCGGCGAACGACGUCGGGGUUGGGCUCCGCUACGACUACGGCAAGUUCUACGCGUCCAAGACCUUCUACGACCCCGUGCUCCGGCGGCGGGUGCUGUGGGGGUGGGUCGGCGAGACCGACAGCGAGCGCGCAGACAUCCUCAAGGGAUGGGCGUCCGUGCAGUCAAUCCCGAGGACGGUCCUCCUGGACACGAAGACCGGCAGCAACCUGCUCCAGUGGCCGGUUGUGGAGGUGGAGAACCUCCGGAUGAGCGGCAAGAGCUUCGACGGCGUCGCGCUGGACCGCGGCUCCAUCGUGCCCCUCGACGUCGGCAAGGCGACGCAGCUGGACAUUGAGGCCGUGUUCGAGGUGGACGCGGCGGCCGUGGAGGGCGUGACGGAGGCCGACGUGGGAUUCAACUGCAGCACCAGCGCCGGCGCGGCGGGGCGGGGCCUUCUCGGCCCGUUCGGCCUGCUCGUGCUCGCCGACGACGACCUGUCGGAGCAGACCGCCGUCUACUUCUACCUGGCCAAGGGCACCGACGGCAGCCUCAAGACCUUCUUCUGCCAGGACGAGCUCAGGGCAUCAAGGGCGAACGAUCUGGUGAAGAGAGUCUACGGAAGCUCGGUCCCCGUGCUCCACGGGGAGAAGCUGUCAGUAAGGAUACUGGUCGAUCACUCCAUCGUGGAGAGCUUUGCGCAAGGCGGACGCACCUGCAUCACGUCGCGCGUGUACCCAACAAGAGCCAUCUACGAAGCCGCCCGCGUGUUCCUCUUCAACAAUGCCACGAAUGCUCAUGUUACUGCAAAAUCCGUCAAGGUCUGGCAGCUGAACUCCGCCUACAUCCGGCCAUACUCGGCGAGUUCUCUAUGAGCAGGGUGGCAGGCCGGCAGUGCCUGUAUGAACUGGUUUGUAGAGUAGGGAUUGCUUAAUUGUUCGGCUUUUCUUGCUCUUCCUCUGGAACUAUUACCCAAGCAACAAAUUGAUGAAGAGGGAAGAGACAGGGUGUAAUUUUUGGGGGCAACAAUGUUUCAUUUGUUGCAUGAAUAAUGCGCAUCAACAUGUGUAACAUUCUUUUUUUCUC